GGUCAUUCUAAAUCGCACUGUCUGUUCCCUCGCCUACGCAGCCACCACCGCUGUUUAUUCCAACCACCUGCACACCCGUUUCUCUCUCGUGGAGCCCGCCCAAAUGCCGACGAACGCUAAGCCGGACGUGGAGGCGCUGCUGAAGCCGCUGAAGAUCGGCCGCCUGACGAUGGCGAACCGCUUCGUGAUGGCGCCGCUGACGCGCUGCCGCGCAAACACGGACCACGUGCCGACGGCGGACAUGGUGAAGUACUACUCUGACCGCGCGUCGAUGGGGCUGAUCCUCACGGAAGCGACGCAGAUCCAGAAGGGCUAUUCGUCGUUCGGGUUCGAGGCCGGCAUCUACGGCCCGGAGCAGAUCGCCGGGUGGAGGAAGGUGACGGACGCGGUGCACGCGAAGGGCGGGCUGAUCUACUGCCAAAUCCACAACGGCGGCCGCGCGACGGUGCCGUGCAACGUGACGGAGGGCCUGAAGGUGAUCGCGCCUUCUGCCAUUGCGAUUGAGGGCCACGACUCGCCUGCGCUGUUCGCUGUGGACGGCAAGAAGCAGCACUACCCCGUGCCGGCGGCGCUGACGAAGAGCGAGAUCGCGGAGUACGUGCAGCUGUACGCGACGGCGGCGCACAACGCGAUGGCGGCUGGGUUUGACGGGGUGGAGGUCCACGGUGCGAACGGGUACCUGAUCGACCAGUUCCUGAAGACGUCGUCGAACAAGCGCACGGACGAGUACGGCGGCAGCAUCGAGAACCGGUGCCGCUUCCUGUUCGAGGUUGUGGAUGCCGUGGUUGCGAAGGUUGGCCACGAGCGGACUGGGCUGCGCAUCUCACCGCUGAACUCGUACAACGCUCAGUCGGACGAGGACCCGGAGGCGCUGACGAAGUACAUCUGCCGGGAGCUGAACUCGCGCAAGCUCGCCUUCCUGGACGUCAUGCGCGGCGACUUGUUCACGCCUGCGCGCGGCGCGGACAAGUGGGCCCGCGAGACGUACGAGGGCGUGCUGUUCACGGGGAUGGGCUUCGAGAUCGAGGAGGCGGCGCAGACGGUUGCGAGCGGCGAGGCGGAGGGUGUGGUGUUCGGCGUGAAGGCGAUCGCGAACCCUGACCUGGUUGCCCGUGUGAUCGCCGGCGCUGCUCUGAAUGAGCCGGACGCCGCGACGUUCUACACGCACGACAACGUGGGCUACAACGACUACCCGACGAUGCCGCGGGCACAUCACGCCUUGGGCGGUGCGAAGGCUUCCUCGAAGGAGGCCGCAAAGGCGAGGCCGGCGGUGCAUAAGGGGUAA